GGUGAUGUCAUGAUGGUUAACUUUACCCAAUCCGUCGGCCCCGGUCCCGCACCAGUCAGCCGGGAACAACACAGUUUUUUUUUAUGUGACAGAAGAAAGCAGUAACUACUCCCGCAGAAGUACGGGAAAACGGCUUUGUUUGAAGAAGCGUAACUUUACGCACAGGCAGCAGACAGUGGAUCAAACUGAACCCACAGACGUAGUAGUCUACAACCCACACAGAACCCAGUGGGGUUCUGAAGAAUAAGAAAAUGAAUCGGAGUUUAAGUAAAUCGCAGUCUUCUUUGCAGUAUCGUGCGACAGUGGAAGUGAAAAGCAAAUAUGGAGCAGAGUUCAGAAGGUUUUCCCUUAACCGUUCCAACCCCGGGGAGUUCCAAGAUUUCUACAAGCUCAUCCUGCGCCUGCACCGUCUAACCAGCAUUGAUGUCAUCAUUGGCUAUGCAGAUAUCCAGGGAGAGCUACUACCCAUCAAUAACGAUGGCAACUUCUGCAAGGCCGUGUCCACUGCUCCUACCUUACUGCGGAUCUUCAUACAGAGACAAGAGGAAGUAGACGACAAUACCUUCUGCCCCAAUGCCACUGUGACACGCCGGAGGAAGGUGCCAGCGAUCCCCCUGCCACGCGGCGACGUGAACCGCAAAAGGCCCACGGUCCACAUCAGCAGGCCGCAGGACUUCCGCCCCAUCUCGUCCAUUAUUGACACAGAUUUCCUGCCCGCAUCUCAGCGCCGGGUGCGCCUUUACCGCCAGGGCUCAGAGAGGCCCCUGGGGUUCUAUAUCCGGGAUGGGACCACUGUGAGGGUGACUCCCCACGGCCUGGAGAAGGUACCUGGGAUCUUCAUCUCACGGCUGGUCCCUGGAGGCCUGGCUGAGAGCACAGGGCUGCUGGCCAUUAACGACCAGGUGCUUGAGGUGAAUGGGAUUGAGGUGAUGGGCAAGGUGUUAGACCAGGUAACAGACAUGAUGAUCGCAAACAGUCACAAUCUUAUCAUCACAGUGAAGCCAGUGAACCAGCGUAAUAACAUAGUGCGUACCGGCAGCUGGAUGUCGGGGAUAAACUCAGGCAGUGUCAGCUCUUUAGACUACCAGAGUUACCACAGCAUGCCCAUCUGUGUGGGAGCCUACAGCUUCACUGAUGACGAGCUGCAGAGCGACGAGGACUUGGACAUUGUGAUUGAGAGAAGACUCAGAAACUCAUCCCGUCGCUCCUGUGCCUCCACCUCCACAGCCUCCCGUUCCCAGGCUUGGUCCCAGCCCCAGCAGAGUCCUAGGCCUUCUCCUAGGCCAUCCACCCGACGUCCUCCCCGUCGACCUUACUCUAUCAUCUCCUCAACCUCCUAUCACUCACAGCCCAGCCUCACUAACCUGAACCUCAGACUGAACCGAGACCUGACCCUGCAGCAGCACUACGGUAGCAGCCCAGCCAUCAGGGAGAUGAAUGGAGGUGUGUUUAACCACAGCAGCCUGCUCACCCUGAGGACAGAGCUACGACGCAGCCUGGUGCUACAGAGGGGAGGGGUGGAGGAGGACGGAAUGGUCAUCACCUUGUGAUUCUACAGUCAGAUUCUAGAACACUACAAACCACAGGGAGCUGCUGAGGGGAGGACGGAAUGGUCAUCACCCUGUGAUUCUACAGUCAGAUUCUAGAACACUACAAACCACAGGGGGCUGCCGAGGGGAGGACGGAAUGGUCAUCACCUUGUGAUUCUACAGUCAGAUUCUAGAACACUACAAACCACAGGGGGCUGCCGAGGGGAGGACGGAAUGGUCAUCACCUUGUGAUUCUACAGUCAGAUUCUAGAACACUACAAACCACAGGGAGGGGAGGACGGAAUGGUCAUCACCUUGCGAUUCUACAGUCAGAUUCUAGAACACUACAAACCACAGGGAGGGGAGGACGGAAUGGUCAUCACCUUGCGAUUCUACAGUCAGAUUCUAGAACACUACAAACCACAGGGAGGGGAGGACGGAAUGGUCAUCACCUUGUGAUUCUACAGUCAGAUUCUAGAACACUACAAACCACAGGGAGCUGCUGAGGGGAGGACGGAAUGGUCAUCACCCUGUGAUUCUACAGUCAGAUUCUAGAACACUACAAACCACAGGGAGGGGAGGACGGAAUGGUCAUCACCCUGUGAUUCUACAGUCAGAUUCUAGAACACUACAAACCACAGGGAGGGGAGGACGGCACAUAAAAAUGGGCAGAAUGAAGUGAAUGGUAUAAAACAGGUGUUUGAUUAAACCACGUGUUUGAUGUAUUUGAUACCAUUCCACUCAUUCUGCUCCAGCCAUUACCACGAGCCUGUCCUCCCUAAUUAAGGUGCCACCAACCUCCUGUGCUACAGACACUGCCAGCCUUUGUUAUACCUUUUCAAUGCUUGAGACGGAGGAGACGUUUCUUAUUGGCUCCCAAAUGGCACCCCAUUUCCUAUAUAGCACAUUCCUAUGACCUGGACCCUGGUCACAAGUAGUGCACUAUAAAGGGAAUAGGGUGUUGAUGAUACAUUGUGAAUUCAGGGAUCUGACCUUUUGAACCCACUUAAAUGUUGUCCCUCUCAGCGUCAGUCUCUCAGCAAAUUUGAAACCACAAAGCGGAGCGCCUAAGUAUUUAAUAUGGAAAUAGUCAUGAAACACCAUUAUGUAUUAUUAGUAAAUGCAGUUCUGGCACUUGUUGUUAUACUGUGAAUGUGCAUGUCCUUUACAUGUACUGCUGAUGCAUUGUGUAGAGAGAUUGUAUUAUUAAAGCUACAGCAAUGUUGUGGUUUUAUUAUGUCUCCCAAGUGGAACAGCGGUCUAAGUCACUGCAUCUCAGCGCUAGAGGUGUCACUACAGACCCUGGUUCGAUUCCAGACUGUAUCACAAUUGGCCCAUCAUUGUAAAUAAGAAUUUGUUCUUAACUGACUUGCCUAGUUAAAUAAAUAUGUCUAAUGCCAUUUAUGAGGAAUACAUCCUUAACUAUCCCCUUACCAAAAUAUCAAGCCAUUAUGUGUGUCCCAAAUGUCAUUAUGAACUGUGUCAUUAUGAACUGUGUCAUUAUGAAUUGUGUCAUUAUGAACUGUGUCAUUAUGAAUUAUGUCAUUAUGAACUGUGUCAUUAUGAACUGUGUCAUUAUGAACUGUGUCAUUAUGAACCGUGUCAUUAUGAAUUGUGACAUUAUGAACUGUGUCAUUAUGAACUGUGUCAUUAUGAACUGUGUGAGCCACUGGCGUUUGUAUCUGUGAGUUUUCAGCCCUUCUGUCCACAGACAUUGAUUAAAGAGGAUGUGGGCUAAAUAUCAA